AUGUGGCACAUGGAUGCUGACAUUUUUUUUGAUGAGGCUGAAGACAUGGAUGAUGGUAGAGUGUAUAGACCAAGGGUCAAUCCCUUUGAGGACUUCACCGACGACGAUUUCAUUCGAAAAUAUCGGUUCACUAAGCCUAUUUUCACGCAGCUACUGGACAUCCUUGCGCCGGCCCUCGAGAGAUACACACACAGGUCACAAUCCUUGGAUCCCUCCCUUCAGCUUUGCACUGCGGUUAGAUACCUCGCCCAAGGAGGAUUCUUGCCUAUGGUGGGAGAUGUACACGGCAUCAGUCCAAGAGCCGCAAGCAACUACAUCCAUACCGUCGCUCAAGCUAUAUGUACACGAAUGGAUCGUUUUAUCCGUUGGCCAGCAGCUGACGAGAUUGCCCUAGCCAAGAGGCAAUUCUACGACCGAUUUGGAUUUCCAUGUAUUAUCGGCCUCAUCGAUGGGAGUCAAGUACCGAUUCACGGACCCUUCCCCCCUGCCAAUGAAGCGGUGUACGUUUGUAGGAAAGGAUAUCAUGCAAUUAAUGUUCAAAUUGUGUGUGAUGCAAACUUGAUUAUUCGCGAUUUAGAUGCAAGAUGGCCCGGAUCGACUCAUGAUUCAUUCAUUCUUCGCAAUUCACACAUUUGGGAUAAGUUUGAACAAGGACAUAUUCAAAAUACCUGGCUCCUCGGCGACAGUGGAUACCCAUUGAAGAAAUGGCUCAUGACCCCUUAUCAGAAUGCAGCAAAUGAUCCACAAGAACGAUUCAACAGACAGCAUGUUGAAAGUAAAGAUGAGGCAUCAAUGGCCGUGUUUGCCAAGUUUGGUGUAUGUACUAUGCAUAGCAGAUCAGUGGCAUGCUUUUAA